AUUACCUUUCCCUUUUCUAGUCGAUUCUCGUAGUUUCUUUCUGUUCUAUACUUCUAUUUUCAUCUUCCUCCCACACAAAAAAAAAGCGCACACACACACUGCUGCUUUAUUGACUGCGGGCAAGUAAAAUGUCUAAGUUAUUCGGGGGAAAAGAUCCGUUUGAUGACCCAUUCUUCACUCAGCCAUUUCACGCCCAUGUUGGGUCGAGGAAGGAGAUAACGAUUGAGGAGUUAGACAAUGAUUCAGGCCCUGAUGACAAACAAGUAGCAGUCACCAAGACACCGGCUCAUCAUUCUCAUGAGUCUGGAAGUUUCAACUAUAGAAGAGUGGCAUAUGGUGGUGUAAACGGAGUGUACUAUAGUUCGUCUAUUGGCCGAAGGACUGGUGGCGAUGGGGUGGUUCUUCUAGAAAUCAAAGAAGAAGACAAGACUGUGGGUCAAGCUUUGCAUACAAUCUCUAGGGGAAUACAUGAUAAGGGCCAUACACUGACUAAAAAUCGCACCCCGGAUGGCAAAGAGGAUUCCUUGCAAAUUCUCCAUAAUCUUAAUGAAGAUGAACUAAACGGGUUUGAGGAGAAUUGGAAAGUCAAUGCAGAUAAGCAUCUACCAGGUUGGAAUGAUGGGUUCAGUUCACUUGAGAAUGCAGGGCUCAAUGAUUUUGGUCUCUUGGGAUGGAACGAUCAGGGAGCUUGGGACAGGUGGACUCUGCCUUGGACUGAUCCUUGGGGAGCUGAUGGAGCAAUGGUGCCAGCUGGUGAACCCACUUCUGAUUCAUCGACUAGCAGGGUCAAAAAGGUAACACCAGUUGAUAUCAUGUAGUCAAAUAAAAAACGGUUGCAGAUUUUCAUGUACAACAAGUAUUGAGGCGUACUGGUGUAAGUUUCUAUUGUAAGAAGUUAAUACAAGUGAUGAUCGUUGUGUCAUUGAUGGAUCCUGUAUCCUAAUAUGUACCAUUGUACGUGAAUCCCGUAAAUUAUCUGUACUAUUACGACUUACGAGUAAGAUAUAUUGUAUAUAUGUAGUUAGUACAAGUGAAAGGUGCCAUGGGGUUGGGGAUUCAUAUAAUCAUAUUGUCUCCUUGUCUUUCUGCAA